CUGGGACGAUGUAAUGGACUGAGAUGGACAGCACUCCUCCCCCUGACUGAUCUGGGAUCUGUCUUGUCUACAAUGUUCUAGAAAAGAGACGCUAGAAAAUUCUAGAAAAUUAGUGGCACUUAUUAUGACCAGCGUACAUCGAUGUUUUUGGUAAUAAACCUGGGACUGAGCGGGAUUUUACAAAGAGAAUACAUUUUACCCUUCUGCACUAAAAAUGGAAAUAUUUAGAGGAAGCCAGAGGACAACUGCUAUCCUGUUUGUCUCGGAUAAUUAAGAGUGAAGAGGCUUCGGCAGGCUGUAGGCAAACACAUCUGCACAGGACAACAUGGCAGGAAUCUGCAGUGAAAGCCCACAGUCAACUAGACGGAAGCAGUCCAACUCCACAGGAAUGGACGGGCUUGGACACAGAGACAGCAGAGCUCAUUCUGUUGAAGACGAUCCAGAAAGGACGCCAUCUUUACAGUCCUGCAAAGACUCGUGUUCAUGUCCUCAGGCGGUGGUCAGACCCUCUUACUUGCACAUGCUGCGAAAAUGGGCGUCUCACAGAAUUAACCCCCAGGUAGACCGGUACGAUUCCUUCCUGGAUCGCCUCAGAGGUCCUGAGCUUAGAGAUGCCACCAGUGAAGAGAGCGACCGAUCUGUCGUGAACAACGACACACUUCACAGGCAAAAAAAGGAAAUCUGGAUUAUGGAUCCCGCUGCAGACAUUUACUACAAAUGGUUGACCAUCAUCGCAGGCCCGGUGUUCUAUAACCUAAUAAUGAUUGUAACAAGAGCCUGUUUUAAUGAACUCCAAAACAGCUAUACAAAACUCUGGAUAUUCCUGGACUAUACCUCAGACUUCAUCUACUACACAGACACCUUUGUCAGAUCGAGAACAGGUUACCUGGAACAAGGUCUGCUGGUAAAAGACGCUAAGAAACUGAGAGACAAAUACAGGACGACAUCUCAGUUCAAGUAUGAUAUGAUAUCAAUGAUCCCCACCGAUCUCCUCUUUCUAAAAUUUGGAUUCAACAAUCCCGAGUUUAGGUUCAAUCGUCUUUGCAAACUAACAAGACUUUUUGAGUUCUUCGAAAGGACUGAAACCCGAACCAGCUUUCCCAACAUAUUCCGUAUAAGUAAUCUUGUGCUUUAUAUCCUUGUCAUCAUCCACUGGAAUGCUUGUAUGUUCUUUGCACUUUCAAAAACAAUUGGCUUUGGAUCGGACACUUGGGUAUAUCCCAACAUCAGCCACCCAGAGCAUGGCCGCUUGGCCAGAAAGUACAUCUACUCCCUGUACUGGUCAACCCUGACUCUCACCACUAUUGGAGAGACGCCUCCACCAGUCAAGGACAUUGAAUUCCUCUUUGUGAUUGCUGACUUCCUUACUGGUGUCUUGAUCUUCGCUAGUAUUGUCGGUAAUGUCGGUGCCAUGAUCUCUAACAUGAACGCGUCUCGAGCUGAGUUCCAGGCCAAGAUCGACUCGAUUAAGCAGUACAUGCAAUUUCGAAAAGUGACCAAAGAUCUGGAGGCUAGGGUCAUUAAGUGGUUUGACUACCUUUGGACUGAGAAGAAGACCUGUGAUGAGAAGGAAGUGUUAAAGCACCUGCCCGACAAACUCAAGGCUGAGAUUGCCAUCAACGUCCAUCUCGAUACGUUAAAAAAGGUGCGCAUUUUCCAGGACUGUGAAGCUGGUCUCCUUAUCGAGUUGGUGCUCAAGCUGCAGCCACAGGUGUUCAGUCCCGGUGAUUACAUCUGUAAGAAGGGGGACAUUGGCAGGGAGAUGUAUAUAAUCAAGGAGGGGAAGCUAGCUGUGGUGGCUGAUGACGGUGUCACACAGUUUGUGGUACUUAGCGAUGGGGCGUAUUUUGGGGAAAUUAGCAUCUUGGGAAUCAAGGGCAGUAAGGCUGGUAACAGGAGAACCGCCAACAUUAGAAGUGUAGGUUACUCGGACCUCUUUGCACUUUCCAAAGAUGACCUGAUGGAGUCGCUCACGGAGUAUCCAGACGCUAAGAAGGCUUUGGAAGAGAAGGGGAAAGCCAUCUUAAUGAAAGACAACCUCAUUGAUGAGGCAGUCGCCAAUGCUGGCGCCGACCCCAAGGACCUGGACGAGAAAAUAGUCAAACUCCAGAACAACCUCGACACAAUGCAAACCAAGUUUGCCCAGUUACUGGCACAGUUCACUUCAAGCCAGACCAGAAUGAAGCAGAGGGUCAGUGCAAUGGAGUCCAAAGUGAAGUCCAUACAGCCAGAGGAGCUGGAAGAAGUGGUGGCUGACAAAGACAAAAAAGUUCAGUGAGUACGGCUUAUUUGUCACGACUGCCAGGAAAAAGUAUAGCGAUUUUUAGUUCUAAAUAGUACAGCGUCACUUUUUCUCAAGUUGCGAUCAUUGGUAUGUGUGUUAAGUUCAUCCUAAUGUUCAGUACACUGCGAGUGCAGCAAGUGCAGUGCAGUACAUAUACAUGCGUGGGUGAUAAUAUUUCUAAUUUAAAUAAGGGUUUUUAUAAUCAACAAAUGCUUAGAGACAUUGAUUAUGGUUCCUAAUCAAACAUGAUAUUGAACACAUUUGUAUACUUCCAUGUCAGUAUACAUUUAACACUCUGAACCUGUAAUGGAAGAAUAUCAUGUUUAUGAGUGUACAUUGUCAAUUGUACCUACUUGUUAUUGUGAAAUAUUAUUAAAAUGCUAUAUUACGCUUUGAAAU